AUGCAGUCGGCUGUUACUAUCUUUAAAUGCGUUAACUGGCGCACCGUUCUGAUCUGGAGUACUUGCUUGUUGGUCGUACACUUUCUUCUCAGCUUCGAUAUCAAUACACAGCCAAAGGAGGACGGAAACUUCCCAGGCGUCCAUACCACACCAACCACAGGUGGACCCGUCCCAGAGAGUCCUAAACUCUUUGACCCCCAAAACGAUAUUAUCGCUGCUGAUGCGUAUGUGGAACCAAGUCCGGUUCUAGGAGAUCAGUAUGAUUCUCCGUUGGAUGCUAUCCCGAAUAGGAAGAAACCACCAUCCGUAUAUCCCACAACGAGUGUGAUAGAUGACGCGGCGAAUGCAAACGAAUGGCCAGAGGAUGAGAUACCAGAUACAAAUGACCCCGCCGACGACGAAGAGUACGUGGCCAUCUGCCUCGCGGCGAAGGACCAAUCUCACGAUCUACCAGAAUGGUUAACACAUCAUUAUCAUCAUAUCGGCAUCAGGCGCUUCUAUAUCAUGGAUGAUGGCUCCAACCCUGCCCUAUCCAGCUUUGAAUAUGGAAUCCCAAAAUCGGCCCUCACAUUUCACUACCAGGAUCCCGCUACUCGCACCGCGUGGCAGCAACUUGCAUUUUAUUCUGAAUGCAAUUCAUGGUAUGGCAGUAACCACACCUGGAUUGCGUAUAUCGACACCGACGAAUUUCUCGAGAUAACAGCACCUAAUGAGACGUUGGUGAGCAUUCUGAAGGGUUUUGAUCCAGAUAAGACGGUCGGGGCAUUGGGAGUUAACUGGAAGACUCAUACCUCUGCUGGAAUACUCACGCGCCCUGAAUCUGCCCGCAAGAGCUUCACAACCUGCAUGUCCGACCCCGUCGGCGAAGUACACGGCGACAACACACACAUAAAAUCAAUCGUGAGGACAUCAUCCUUUGCAGCCAGUUACAACCCUCAUAAGUUUACUUUGAUAGAGGGUACUAUGACGGUCGGCGAGCAUGGGGAUGUGAUUAAUACAGAUGCAUUCAGGAACCCCAUUACUAGGGAUCGGAUUGCUUUGCAUCACUAUGUUGUUAAAAGCAAGGAGGAAUAUGAGGAGAAAAUGCAUAGGGGCAAUGCGAUGAGUCAACCUAAAAGCAAGGAGUUUUGGGACCAUGUUGAGAAUGAUGAACCGCUAGAGGAGUGUACUGAGAUGGCACGAUUUAGCCCGUAG